GGAAGGAGGAAGAACUAUAAAAUGUGAACGAUGUGACGCAAUUGAAUCCUGAAGCAUGGAAAUCGCGCGGAUUACCGGAUUUAACGCUUCAGUUGGUGGUUUACUAGGAUUUUGUGGACCCAAUGCUUUAAAGUUCUUGAUGUAAUUUUUUUUGUAGUUGCAUAAAUAGCAACGCAUAUGGAAGGCAUGAGCGACUUAUGAAUCGGUUUCCGUUGACCUGAUUAUUGCGGAUAACGGAAAUAUGUAAAGAGUACAUAAGAUGGCAUUCACAGUCACAAAAUGUUUGCCUAUUUCUGGAGUUAUCCGUCAAAGUUAUCGCACUUUACGUAGUUUGACAAUUCCGUUACAUACGAGGUGGUCGUGAUUAUUAACCGAUUUUUUAUUUCGUCGAAUAAUACGUAUAUCAUACAUAUAUACCCUGUUAGGCGGAUGAAAUACGAUCUCUUUUAAACCUUUCAAUGGUGAUUAUGACUGUACUAAGUUUGAGUGGUCUGCUUAAGGGCACCAGUACUAAGUUAUUACGUAAUUGGGUAAAGGUAUAUCUAGCUCCAGCGUCAAAUUUUUCUAGCAAUUGUAAACAAAACAUCACCCCUUCUUCGUUCAUGACGCACCUAUAUAUUUUCCUGUUGAAUGCCUUAAAAAAUAACAGACUUGCAUAAUAUGAAGUAUUUUAAUUCACAAAAUGUCCAUUAUGUUUUCAAAAUACAAUAUGUUGAAGAUACUUGAAAAAACGUUAAAAAAUAUAAAUACAAGUAUAUAAGUACAUAUAAUAUAAUAUGCAUUUAAACAAGUUCGGUAUUAUUAAUUCUACGCAAGUGCAAAAUUUGUAUAAGAAUUCGAACUAAAAACUCGUUAAUACAAGUAUUGUUGUCAAAACCUGCUUUAAGGGAAAUUUCCCUUACUUCAAAUGUCAUCUAGAUGCCGAUACAGCAUCCGCACAGCUCGGCGCACGCAAAAACUUUAGUCCUGUAAAAGAGCGCAUCCUAAGCGCUUGGACUGCGUUCGUCAGUGGCAAUAAUUUUUAGUGUUAGAAAAAUAUGUGAAGCAAUUUUGUACAAUUUUAAUGUGUAAAAUAAUAAAUUAGAUAACGUUGGCUACUCGCGAAGAUGUUAAAAGUAGUUUUUGUGCAUUUUUUACUCCUCUUUGCCUACAGCAGUGCAACGCCUCCUGUCAGUUUUGAGGCAAAUCCAGACACGAAACGUCUUUAUGAUGAUUUAUUGAGUAAUUACAAUCGACUCAUACGCCCUGUUGUCAAUAAUACUGAAACAUUGACAGUAUGGUUAGGUUUAAAGUUGUCCCAACUCAUCGAGGUGAAUUUGCGAAAUCAAGUUAUGACCACCAAUUUGUGGGUGAAGCAGCGUUGGUUCGAUUACAAAUUACGAUGGGAUCCUGAGGAAUAUGGUGGUGUUGAACAACUUUAUGUGCCAUCUGAACAUAUUUGGGUACCGGAUAUAGUGUUGUACAAUAACUGGGAUGGCAAUUAUGAGGUAACACUUAUGACAAAGGCAACACUAAAAUACACCGGCGAGGUCUUCUGGGAGCCGCCAGCUAUCUACAAGUCCUCCUGCGAAAUGAAUGUCGAAUAUUUUCCUUACGAUGAGCAAAUUUGCUUCAUGAAAUUCGGUUCAUGGACAUACAACGGUGCACAAGUGGAUUUGAAGCAUUUGGAUCAGGUUCCUGGCAGUAAUCUAGUGCAAAUCGGAAUUGAUUUAAGUGAAUUUUACUUAUCGGUCGAAUGGGACAUACUUGAAGUUCCUGCAACUAAGAAUGAGGAAUACUAUCCAGACACAUUGGAACCGUUUUCUGAUAUAACAUUUAAGCUCACCAUGCGUCGCAAAACACUAUUUUAUACCGUUAAUUUAAUUGUGCCCUGUGUUGCAUUGACAUUUUUAACGGUGUUGGUAUUUUAUUUGCCUAGCGAUUCCGGCGAGAAGGUUACGUUAUGUAUUUCAAUUCUUGUCUCGUUGACUGUGUUCUUCUUGCUGUUGGCUGAAAUUAUUCCGCCAACAUCAUUGGCCGUACCGCUGCUAGGCAAAUAUCUACUCUUUACAAUGAUACUGGUCUCAUUGUCCGUUUGGACAACGGUAUGUGUUUUAAAUAUACACUUUAGAUCACCGUCUACGCAUAAAAUGUCACCACUUGUGCGUAAACUCUUUUUACACUUUAUGCCAAAAUUGAUGAUGAUGCGUCGCACCCAGUAUACAUUGCCAGACUAUGAUGAUUCUACGCCCAGUAAUGGUUAUACGAAUGAAAUUGAUGUGCGCGAUAGUAUUAGCGAUUUUCCCAGUGAAUUUAAGGACAGUCAAGAGGGACCGUACGAUAAUGGUGUACAAAAUUCGAUUGAUUCUGACAAUGUGAUACCGCGCAAUUUGACACCCGAAGUGCUGCAGGCAUUACGUGCGGUGCGUUUUAUUGCGCAGCACAUUAAAGAUGCCGACAAGGAUAAUGAGAUCGUCGAGGACUGGAAAUUUGUAUCGAUGGUAUUAGAUCGCUUCUUUCUCUGGACAUUUACGCUGUCGUGUGUUUUCGGCACUCUCGCCAUUAUAUGUCAAUCGCCAUCGCUCUAUGAUACACGCCAACCGAUCGAUCGCCAACUCAGUGACAUACCGCUGAGAAAGAAUAAUUUCAUGCUGCCACCAGAUAUUGUACGGCAGAUUGUUAAUUAAAAUAUUUUAAUGUGAAAAUACAAGUUUUUAAUAAUAAGUUUUAAGGUGUUUAAGAUUUAAAUAAGGUAUUAGGUGGAUAAAAAUUGAAAAUAAGUUGUUUAAUACCGUGUGUAUCUAAGGCACUGGAUUACAUAUUGAGUAAUAUUGUUAUUGAAAAAACUUAUAGUCUGACACAAACAAAAUAGCAAAUACAGCGAAAGUUAGUAAAGUUAAAGAAGCUUAUGAAUAGAGAAUUGCUUGCAUCAAAUAAAACAGAUUUUAAAAUUCGAAUCACCCCCACAUACAACUUUGUAAACUAUAAAAAACUUUGAUUAGGAAUAUAAUGUUGUCAUAUUUCUAGUUAUUAAGAUACGCAUACAUACUUAUAUAAUGCUUGCAAUCCCAUAUCAUUCACAUCCACACAUAUGCCAUACAAUCUUAGAGAAGUAUUAUACUUAGAAAAUAAAAUUAAUUCGCAGGAAAAUGGUACUUAAUGUAUAACUUCAA